AUGGGACAAUCUAUUCAAAGUAAUGACACUACUUGUAUUUUACACUUGACAACUAUCAAUCAUUUUCAUCAACCAAACUACCUUACAUUACAGGGUUUUUUCCUAUUUGGUAAAAUCAAAUCAACAGAAGGCGACGAUCAAUCCAGACUAUCAGAAAAUUCAAAUAUACGACGAGCAUCAUCACCUCACAAUCUACAACAUCAACUAUCUUCUCACAGGGAUCAGAGUGAGAGCAGUGGACAUGGUGAACGUAAACGUAUUCAACGUAGUGCUUCAUCAUCAAGUACAGAUAGUUCAAGAUCAGACCGUGCUCGUAACGUAGUUACUGAUCGAGUUGAAGGUCCAACAGUAACAACUACACAUCAAACACAAUCUGCUGAAGGUGGUAAAGUUUACGGAGGACCUAUAGUUACAUCACAUGGAGGAACUACUGGUGCAGCGCAUAUCGUGAGUGGUGGUUCAUUUGGACAUACUGUUAGCGGUGAACGAAGAAAAGGCCGUUUUCGACAAGAAGUUAUUCGAUUACCUGAGCAACAUCAAGGACAAGUACGUCAAGUCCGGCGUCGUUUACCAACUCCUGAACCUGAUACACUCGAACGAGUUUACAUUCAACGUACAGGAGGUGAAAUUAUAGAAGAAAUUACAGAAGUUCCAACAACACCACCACCAGUUGUUAAAGAACGAAAUGUUGUUGAACCAGCUGGACCACCACAAGUGUUUAAACGUGUGAUUCGUGUACCACCAAGAGGUGGUGCGUACGGUGGUCAUUUUCAAUCACAAGGUGCUAAUGUUCAAUACAGUGAUAAUCUAUUAAAUGCAGGAGGUUAUAACGCUGCUCAACAGGUUACUCAUGGUUAUCCACAACCGGCUGCUACAACCUAUACAGGUGGAUAUGGUGGAACAGCUACUGCUGCUGCUGCUCCUUAUAGCACCAUUGGUAGUGGUUUUGGUUCUCUUGGUGGUGGUUUUGGUUCUCUUGGUGGUGGUUUUGGUUCUCUUGGUGGCGCUUUUGGUUCUCUUGGUAGUGGUUUUGGCUCUGUUGGUAGUGGCUAUCAACAACGAGCACCUCUCAUGUUUAGUGUUGGUGGUAGUGGUAGUUCGUCUCAGCCUAUGCCAGGAAUUGGUUGUCAACCUGCUUUCUGUUUUUAUAUUUGA